UUUUGUCGGCAUUUCUGGCACAGAGGUGUGACCCCUCACUGAGGUCUGACCUCCUGGGUCAAAUCCUGGUUAAAAGUGAAGCCACAGCUGUGUGUUCUGUCUGCAGGCUGGAAGGCGGCUGUAACUACGAUUACAUUGAAGUGUUCGACGGCCCCCACCACAGUUCCCCUCUCAUUGCGCGGGUCUGUGAUGGGGCGAGGGGCUCCUUCAGUUCGUCCUCGAACUUCCUGUCCGUUCGCUUUGUCAGCGACGGCAGUGUCACAAAGAAAGGCUUCCAGGCCGACUACUACUCUCAUCCUUCCAAUGACAGCACUGAGCUGCUUUGUCUGCCGGAUCGCAUGCAAGCCAGCGUGAGCAGGAGCUACCUCCAGUCCCUGGGCUAUUCUGCCGGGGACCUUGUCAUUCCCAGCUCGGGUGGGAGCAGCCAGUGUCGGCCCCAGAUAACGUCGAGCCAGGUGACAUUCACAAUUCCCUACUCAGGCUGCGGCACCAUCGAGCAGGUAGAUAAUGAUACCAUCACCUAUUCCAACGUCCUCAAAGCAGCUGUUUCAAGCGGCAUCAUCAAGAGGAAGAAGGACCUGCACAUUCACGUCAGCUGCAAGAUGCUCCGGGACACCUGGGUUAAGACGAUGUACAUCGCUAAUGACACCAUUGAGGUCACGGAAAUCCAGUAUAGCAACUUUCAUGUGAACAUUUUCUUUUAUACAUCCUCUUCAUUCUCCAAUCGCGUGACCAGCAGCCCGUACUAUGUGGACCUGGACCAGACUUUGUACCUUCAGGCUGAAAUCCUCCAUUCCGACACCUCCUUGGACUUGUUUGUGGACACCUGCGUGGCUUCGCCAUCUUCCAGUGACUUUACGUCUCUGACUUACGAUCUAAUCCGGAGCGGGUGUGUGAAGGACACGACCUAUCAAACCUUGCCCCGGCCGUCGCCCCGCGUCGCCCGCUUCAAGUUUAGCUCCUUCCACUUCCUGAACCGCUUCCCCUCCGUGUACCUGCGGUGCAGGAUGGUGGUGUGCAAGGCGGACGACAACUCCUCCCGCUGCCACAGGGGCUGUGUGGUGAGGUCCAAGAGGGACGCAGGCUCCUACCAGGAGAAUGUGGACGUUGUUCUGGGCCCCAUCCAGCUGCGGGCCCCGAGCGCCGAGUAGAGGAGCCUGGACCUGUCGGUGGCUGACGUGGAGGAGCAAGCCAGCACCCAGGGGAGCUACCACAGUGUUGCCAUCUCUGCUGGGGUCUUCCUGGUCGUGGUCCUGGUUGUGGCAGCCUUCAUAAUGGGGAGGAACACCCGCGCCACCAGUGGCCAUCCUUGGAGCUCUAAGAUGUGAAGCCAGGAGAACACGCACAGCGCUCAGUCAUUGACCCCAUAUACUUCGGUACCCACGACAAAGGAAGAAAUGA